AUGCAUCUCUUGUCGGUUGUUGCGUUGACCGCAUCGCUCGCGGCGUCUGCUGUUGCGGCCCCGGCCCCGGCUAUAACCCCGGCUCCCGAGGCGGCUGUUGUUAAGCGAGCCACCAGCUGUACUUUCUCGGGCUCUGCUGGUGCAGCGUCUGCUAGCAAGUCGCAGACUGCUUGUGCCACCAUUGUCUUGAACAAUGUUGCCGUCCCCUCUGGCACGACUCUUGAUCUGUCCGACCUUGCGGAUGACACCACUGUCAUCUUCGAGGGUACCACCACUUGGGGCUACAAGGAAUGGGCAGGACCCUUGCUUAACAUUGGUGGUUCGAAGAUUACCGUCAAGGGUGCCUCUGGCGCAGUCCUCAAUCCUGAUGGUGCGCGUUGGUGGGAUGGAGAGGGCGGCAAUGGCGGAAAGACCAAGCCUAAGUUCCUCUAUCUGCACAGUCUCACAGACUCAACUGUCACCGAUCUAAGCAUCAAGAACACCCCCGUCCAGGCUGUGAGCAUUGCUAGCUGCGAUGGACUUACCAUCACCGACAUGACCAUCGACGACUCUGCUGGCGAUACUGAUAGUCUCGGUCACAACACCGAUGGUUUCGACAUCGGUACCAGCUCGAACGUUGUUAUCGAUGGCGCAAAGGUGUAUAAUCAGGAUGACUGCGUUGCCGUCAACUCGGGAACUAGCAUCACUUUCCAGAACGGUCUCUGCUCUGGCGGUCACGGCUUGUCCAUCGGCUCCGUUGGUGGCCGCUCCUCAAACGAUGUCGACACCGUCACCUUCUAUAACAACGUCAUCCAGAACUCGGUCAACGGCAUCCGCGUCAAGGCUUCUGUUGGGGACACUGGUACCAUCAACAAGGUGACCUACAACAAGAUUACCCUGAAGAACAUCUCCAAGUACGGUGCUCUCAUCGAGCAGAACUACGAUGGCGGUGAUCUGAAGGGCACAGCCGGUACUGGUAUCCCCAUCACCAACCUUGUUGUUGAGAAUAUCACUGGUACCUCCGCUGUCUCCAGCUCCGGCUACGAUGUUGUUGUUACCUGCGGUAGCAGCUCCUCCUGCACGGGCUGGACCUGGUCGAACGUUGCCAUCACUGGCGGUAAGACUUACAGCAGCUGCACCAAUGUUCCCAGCGUUACCAAGUGCUCGUAGACGAAUGUCUUCAAGGAUGAACAGAGUCGGGUGGGGUGUGAGAUUAGGCUCAGGUGUAAGAUGACAAGGAUCGCAUAUUUCGCU